UGCAAUCGGACAACGAAAUAAAAUUACUCUCGGCUUAAAAUAUUGGAUUUAAAACGAAGGCUAAAUGGGGAAUAUUCGUGUUUUUUUUUGUUUUUAUAAAUAUUUAUAGAAUUCAAUAAAAAGUAAUAUAAAAGACGUCGAGAAAAAAGGGGAAAAAAAUAAUAUAAUUAAUUAGAAAAGAAAAAAAAAUUAUAAUAUAUUUUUUUAGAAAAAUUUUAAUUAUAAAUUUAUAACAAUGAUAAAAUUUAAAUAAAAUAAAUAUUAACAGAAAUAAAACACAACUAAAAAAUGCAAAUUAAGCAAUAAUGGAAGAAUUUUUAUAUUAAAAAUCAAAAUUCCAAAAAAUAAAAAAAAAAAACACCGUGAUAAUCUAUAAUCCGUCACAAAUUUAAAAUUAAACUUAAAAUUUGAAAUUUCAUCGAAAAAAUAUUGAAAAAAUAUUUCAAAGAAAUAAAAAGGUGCUAAAGCUGUUAAUCAAUGAAUAUUAUGAAAUAAUUUUAUUUAUAAAAAUUCAAAAUAUUUUACAUAAUAUUAAGUGAAAAAGGAGAAGAAGAAGAAGAAACGAAAAUAAUAAGAUACAAAAGCAUGCGGAUAAAGAUUGCCAUAUGUUUGUGUUUUUAUGUGUACAUACAUAUUUAAUUAAGUAAAGCGAAGAAAUCGGAAGAAAUAUGAGAUACAUACAACAUAUGUACAUACAUAUGUGUCUUGUGCUGUCUAUAUAAUAAAAUUCACAACAGAUUUUUGAAUUCAUUAUGUUAAUUUUUUUAUAUUUUUUAAAUAAAAGUUAAAAAAAAAAAACGAGAAAAAGAAAAGAAAAUUAAAAAAUUUCAUACUUAUACUGUGAUUAAAUUUACACAUUCCUUAACUUUAAUAUUUUAGAUAUUAAAAAUUUAUACACAUAGGUAUACACACGUGUAUACAUACAAUCAUAUGUACAUAAGUAACUAUUUUUUAUAUCUACUAACUAAUCAGUUGCAAUAUUAUUAAAAACAAAAACACAUAGCAAACUUACAAACAAACAAAUAAAAACAAGAGAAAAAAAAGUCAAAAAAAAAAAAAAAAACAAAAUAAAAAAUUUGUUUGCUUGUUUUUGUUUUUUUUUUUUGGUUAUUUUUCUGGUUUUCUUAAAUGAAAAUGGAUGUGGAAAUUCCAGUUCUUUCCGGAUUUCUUAAUGUACCAACACAAUCUGGAUUUUCUCGAAUAUCAAAAAAGAAAUCAUCACAACGUUACUGUCUCCUGUUUAAAUCAAGUAAACAUGGUAUUGAACGUUUGGAAAUUUGUGAAUCGAAAGAUGACAAAAAUCCGAAGAUUAUAACAUUGGAAAAUUGUGUUAAAAUAACACAAGAACCAGCACCGGCUAAUCAAAUACAAAUUGUUAAAAUGACCGGAACUUUAACACUGAAUACACUGACUGAAGAAGAAUUACGUGAAUGGGUGACAGCACUACAAUCUGUAGCUUUUCGUGAUAAAAGUGGUAACAAUAAUAAUAUCAGUAGUAGUAAUUCACGAAACUCAGCUAUUGAAGAAGACAAUGAUCUCUAUUGCAGCUCUUAUGGAGAUGGUUUAUUUAUAGUUAAAUUAAUACCGUCCGAAGCAUCACAAAGAUGCCAAAUGGAAUCAAAAACAUAUAUGUUACAUUUAACUGCAACUGAAUUACAAUUAAAAUCAGCUGAAGAUUUAAGUAUAAUUAUAGCAAAAUGGCCAUAUAGAUUUAUACGAAAGUAUGGUUAUCGUGAUGGUAAAUUUACAUUUGAAGCGGGACGCAAAUGUAGUACUGGCGAAGGUGUAUUUCAAUUAGAUCAUACAAAUCCGCAAGAAGUUUUUCGUUGUAUGUCAUCAAAAAUGAAAUCAAUGAAAAAAUUGAUAAGUGGUGAAAGUAUUAAUAGCUUGGACUGUGGUGAAAAUCAGUUAACGGCUGCUGCUCAGAUGGAACCAGGUUCUCGUAGCCCAUUACCACCAUCACCAAAUCAUCAUCAAUCUGUAUCAGAUUUUGAAAAUUCUUUUAGUUCAUCUCAAAAUCAAAGUGGUAUAUCAAUGAGAGGUUUUCUAUCGUCGAAUGAUUCCUUAAAUAAUGUUUCCAUUAAUUCAAAUACAAGUUCAAAUAUCAUGCAACAACAACUGCCUUUGCUACCGUUACCACAGAAGAUAAUACCGAAUAAACCACCGCGCAAAUUAAUUCCAAUGCUAAAUAAUUUACAAACACUAAAUAAUUUACAAACAUUAACAACUCCUACAUCUAAUCCAGCAUCACCAACAAAUGAAAAAUUAUUAUUACAACAUUCAAUCGUAGCUGCUCAAUUAAUUUCACAAAAUAAUUGUCAACAAACAUCUCAAAUAGCACAUACAAUCAACUCAGUAACAAAUUCAAUAUCUCAACAAACGACUGAUUCUACACAGCCAACAUUAUCAUCUUCUUCAUCACAACAAAAUUGCGAAAAUAAAUUUAGGAAAUUUAAAAAUUUCGAGCCGGUCGCUAUUACUAGUGAUCAAACAUCAAAUUCUACUGUUAUAUUAAAUUCACCAUCACCAGAACUUAAAAAUCGUACACCAUCACCACAAAUCAUUAAUAAUAAUACUAUUGGUAGUAAUAAUAUUACUGCAAGUGGCAUUAUAGGUAGCUCAUCAAAUCAACAACAAAUGAAACAAAAUGGUAGUAAUAACAAUUUAGAUAAACCGCCAGAUUUACCAAUGCGUAAUGAUUCUAAUAAAAAACAUCGUAUAGAACAACAAAAUUAUGAAUCUAUUGAAAAUAUAACAGAGGCAUGGAAAACUCGUGGUAUGAAUGAUAUUAAGCAUGUUGAACAUGUUACUUCAAUACCGGAAGAUGAUCUUGUAGAUGUUGUAUGGCAAAGAACGCAAUCUCAACGUGAACCUCAUAGAAUAAAGAAAGAAAUGACAACAUUGAAAAAUUCAAAUCAACUGAAUAGGGUACCAAUUUUAAAAGUAGGUCACAAUGCAAAUAUAAAUUCAAAUCGGAUUCAAAUUAGUGAUAGCAUAGCAUCAGAUUUAGAUUUAGAAAAUAAUUAUGAUCGUUUGGAUUUUUUAUCUCCUAAUCAUAAAAAUACAUCAAGUGGUUAUAAAACUAUAGUAACUGUUACUUCAUCAAAUUCAAGCAACAACAAUAAUAACAGUACUAAAAUCAAUAAUAAUAAUACUAAUAGUAGUAGCAAUAAUAAUAGCAACAAUAAUAAUAAAAAUAAUGAUAAUAUUAUAAAUAACAGUACUAAUAGUAAUAACAAAUAUUCUAAAAAAGAUCCUGACGCAUCAACAAAUGAUUAUGAAUUUAUUGCAACUAGUCCAGAUAUACAACAGACAUCACAACGAAUAAUUGAUGAUACUUUUCUGGCACAUGCUGUUUUAAGAAAAUCAAAUACACCUGUAUCACCACAAAUUUCAUCAUUAGCACAAAAAAAUGUUACAGUGGAAACAUUAAAUGCUGAUGAUGUUAGCAAUUUGCAAAUGCAUCAACAACAUUUGGGUCAUAAAAAUUAUAAUGGCAUGAGUUAUGCAAUUGUCAGUAAACCGAAAAGAGUUUAAAAUAAAUGUAUAAAUUUCAAAUAUAUAGUACUUAAUUGCCUUGAAUAUUGUAUAUUUUAAUAUAAUCUUACUUUAAUUGUGCCAUCCAUUUUUAAAUGAAAGAUAAAUUUUAAAUUUGGAAUGAACACUUAAUUAAUAAAAUUUAGUAAAUUUUAAGAAACUGCAAUAGAAAAU